CAUUACUCAACACUUAUUAUAAAUCCUUGGCAUCCUUUCCUUGUGUCCCCCAACAGGGACAUCCACACCACGACAGGGAAGAUCAAGCGAGCCGUUUUACAGUUCACGCCGGCGAGCUGGACUUACGUGCGCUGGCUGGAUCCGAAGUCUUCCCUGCAGCGAGUGAUGGGCGUCUAUCUCUUCAUGAUCAUCUGGCAGUUGACCGAGUUAAACACGUUUUUCCUCAAGCACAUAUUCGUCUUUCCGGCAAGCCACGCCCUCAGCUGGUGUCGGAUCCUGUUUAUUGGCAUCAUCACAGCGCCAACAGUCAGACAAUAUUACGCCUACCUCACAGACACCCAGUGUAAGAGAGUUGGGACCCAGUGUUGGGUGUUCGGGGCCAUAGCCUUUCUCGAGGCGCUAGCCUGCAUCAAAUUCGGACAGGACUUGUUCUCCAAAACCCAGAUCCUCUAUGUGAUCCUCUGGCUGCUGUGCUUGGCCUUCAUUACAUUCCUUUGUUUGUUUGGAAUGGUGUCGUGCGCAGAGAACUAUGGACCGAGAGAAAAGGUAUAUGCUUUGUUUUGGUCUGUUCGUCUAUAUAUGGUCCUCAGGAGAAGUAGAAAAACAUACCGGUAUCUAAACAGCCAUGAUAAUAUAUUCCAAAAAAGUGACAUCAGCACUUUUUGUAGGUCAGGCCCAUUUCAUUAUUCCCCUCAUGAGUUGAGGGGCCGAUCAUUUACAGCAGCAAACAUUUCCAUGAGUGCAGUCACGCUUGCAAAUAAUUAUUUGCUUUCAUCCUGAGUUCACAUCUUCUCUUUGGUAAAAACUUUUUGAGAAAAUGCAUUGGGUGGUUUCAGUGAAUAAAGGGGCCAGAACGGGUCGCAUUCCUUGUGCUCACAACAGCAUACAGUAAUUGUGAGGCCAAAGUGUGCACAUCGCUGUUGAAUAUUACCCAUCCAUGUAUUGCCGUGUAAAAGUGAAAUACAGGAGCCUUUACUAUUUGCUGUUGCCCUUUGUCAUUUUCUUCAUUUGUGCGUCGUCUAAAUGUUGAGUCAACAUAGCCAGCGUUGUGACUGAACAUCCUCUACGCCCAUUGGCUUUACCAUUGCAGUUUUGGGAUCCCAUUCCAUACUUCGUGCAAUGCAUUUUCACCCAGAGCUGAGCUGAUCCCCCACCCAUUU